AGGAAAGGCGACUUAUCACUAGUCCAAAGCAUUAUGCAGGAUUACAAUGAAUUCGAGGCGCAGCAGAAACGUCAUAUGUAUCCUGACACUUUGAUGAAGCGCGCCGUUUACGAGGCAGCAUGCGGAAAUCACGCCUCUCUUGUCGCCUUAUUACUCGACAACGGAGCUAGUGUCACCGAUUCAGUUGUCAUGGCGGUCUAUAGAGGUCGCGACAAAACAAUAUUGAAGGAAAUCCUCAAGAGAGGGUUUGAAAUCAACACAGUUGAGCCUGGCGCGUCGUUGCUCACGCUAUCUGUUGGACACAUUGAGUGGAUGGAGGUUCUGUUACAUCACGGAGCAGACCCCAAUGUCAAAGGUUCGAGAGGAAAGACAGCGCUUCACUCGGCUGUAAUCCAGCCAUCGCUGCGACCCUGUCAACUCCUGCUUGACCAUAGCGCCAGACUGCCACGAGAUAUACUUAAGUCUGCUAUAGGUUGCACGGGUGCAAGCAUGGAAAUGAUUAAAUUUCUGGUCGACAAGGGGGCUGACCUCAGCUAUGUUCGCAAUAUCAAAACAGGCUACAAGAUCUAGCAAGGAGCGCCUCUACAUGUUGUUGCUCG